UCGGAGUGUACAACGUGCACUCAAAGUGCAAAAAACCAAACAAAUUGUUAAUAUAUGUCUAAAAAACGACUGUACAGUAUAUAGUUUAAAAUACAUUUUACCUUAGUAGCAACGAGAAUGCGUAUGUAAUACUUUAAAGAAAAAAACAACCGGAAAUAACCUUGUUGUGCGUCAAACUUGCUGGUUCCGGCUACGACGGUUCAUGUACUGUGGUGGCCGUACAUGUGGGGGAUCUGGCACCGACUGGCUAAACACACGGAUAGGAAAACAAAUCAAAUAGAAUCUACGUUUGGUUUGCCAGAUUCAUUCAAACAUCCGCUGUUUUUGCUUAACAUCCGCUGAGGGUGACUCUCGGUGUUCGACUUUUUUAAACUUCCAGUCCGAUCUCCGUCUCGCGUCGGCGUGACUUUCACGUGGAGAGCCGCUGGAUCGUCCCAUCAACCAGAAGUCAACAUCAUCCAACCAGUCGGUACCGACAGUUCCAAACAUCAUGUCCGAUGAGAAGAUGACCACCACGGCGACCCUGAUUCUGGAGGACGGGACGAAGUUCGAGGGCCGCCUUUUUGGCGCUAAAGUGUCUGUGUGUGGUGAAGUUGUGUUCCAGACGGGCAUGGUGGGCUACCCUGAGGCGCUGACAGACCCGUCCUACCACUGCCAGCUGCUAACACUAACCUACCCUCUGGUGGGCAACUACGGCGUACCACAGGAUGAGCAAGGCGUGUUUGGACUGAGCAAAUGGUUUGAGUCGUCAAAGAUCCAUCCCGCCGCUCUGGUCAUCGGGGAGCUGUCGGAGAGUCCAAGUCACUGGAGCUCAUUCAAGUCGCUGGACCAGUGGCUCAAAGAGCAGGGAGUUCCGGGUAUACAAGGCAUCGACACUCGCUGCCUGACCAAAAAGAUUCGCGAGAAAGGGACAAUGUUGGCCAAGCUGGUGUUGGACGAAACCCCUGAGGAGAGCAUUCCCUUGGAUAAUGUCCACCAGAGAAACCUGGUCCAGGAGGUGUCCAUGAAGGAGACCCGUGUCUUCAACCCCAGCGGUGCUCUAAGGAUCACCGCGGUGGACUGCGGCAUCAAAUACAACCAGAUUCGCUGCCUUGCGGAGCGAGGGGCCCGCGUCACUGUUGUACCCUGGGACCACCCUUUGGACAGCACAGAAUUUGAUGGUUUAUUCAUCAGCAACGGUCCAGGAGAUCCACAGCUAUGCCAGGCCACCAUCAACAACGUGAGGAAGGUGGUGUGCGUGGAUAACCCCAAGCCGGUUUUUGGUAUCUGCCUCGGACACCAGCUGCUUUCCUUGGUCAUCGGCGCAAACACCUACAAGAUGAAGUAUGGUAACCGUGGGCACAACCAGCCUUGCAUCCAUCAGGGCACGGACCGCUGCUUCAUCACCAGUCAAAACCACGGUUUUGCUGUUGACCCCGACACUCUGCCGAGCGACUGGGAUGUCCUCUUUACUAAUGCAAACGACCACACCAAUGAGGGCAUUGUGCACAACACACAACCCCUUUUCAGUGUUCAGUUCCAUCCCGAACACAUGGCUGGCCCCACCGAUCUGGUUGGCCUGUUUGAUGUUUUCCUCAGCACCGUACAAGGCCAUAAAGAUGGCGAUGUUGGCAAAUCUGGUAACCUGACAUCCUCAUCAGGAGCAUCAUCUAGUAUCAAGUGUUUCUGUGACAUGUGGUUCUCCCUUUCUGUUCCUCCAGUAAAGCAGCGUCUCAUGAACUAUAUCACUUACUUGGGUUCCUUGAAGCCUGAAAAGGUGUCCCGACCAAAGAAGGUCCUCAUCCUUGGCUCUGGAGGAUUGUCCAUUGGCCAGGCUGGCGAGUUUGAUUACUCAGGCUCUCAGGCAAUUAAAGCUUUAAAGGAGGAGAAGAUCCAGACACUGCUGAUAAACCCUAACAUCGCCACCGUGCAGACCUCCAAAGGUCUAGCGGACAAGGUUUACUUCCUGCCAAUCACGGCAGAGUAUGUCACUCAGGUAAUAAAAAACGAGCGUCCCGACGGCAUUCUCCUGACCUUCGGUGGGCAGACGGCGUUGAAUUGCGGCGUGGAACUGACAAGACUGGGCGUGCUUGAGAAGUAUAACGUGAAAGUGCUGGGAACACCAGUGGUCUCCAUUGAGAUGACUGAGGACAGGAAGAUCUUUGUGGAGAAGAUGGAGGAGAUCAACGAGCAUGUGGCACCUAGUGAAGCGGCUCUAUCUGUAGAGCAGGCGCUGGCAGCUGCAGAGCGUCUGGGCUACCCCGUCCUGGUGCGCUCGGCCUUCGCACUCGGCGGCCUGGGCUCUGGGUUUGCCAACAACCGCGAGGAGCUGACCUCUCUGGUGACGUCAGCCUUUGCCCACACCUCUCAGGUCCUGGUGGACAAGUCGCUGAAGGGCUGGAAGGAGAUCGAGUACGAGGUGGUGCGGGACGCCUACGACAACUGUGUCACCGUGUGCAACAUGGAGAACAUUGACCCCCUGGGCAUCCACACUGGAGAGUCUAUCGUCGUGGCACCCAGUCAGACGCUUAAUGACCACGAGUACAACAUGCUGAGAAACACAGCCAUUAAGGUUAUCCGCCACCUAGGCAUAGUGGGAGAGUGUAACAUCCAGUAUGCCCUCAACCCCGAAUCAGACCAGUAUUACAUCAUCGAGGUGAACGCCCGCCUUUCACGGAGCUCCGCCCUGGCCAGUAAGGCGACGGGUUAUCCUCUAGCCUACGUGGCGGCUAAACUUGGGCUGGGAAUCCCUCUGCCGCAACUCAAGAAUUCUGUGACUAACUCAACCACAGCUAACUUUGAGCCCAGUCUGGAUUACUGCGUGGUGAAGGUGCCUCGCUGGGAUCUGAGCAAAUUCCUGAGGGUUUCCACCAAGAUCGGAAGCUCCAUGAAGAGUAUUGGUGAGGUAAUGGCUAUCGGCCGCAACUUUGAGGAGGCGUUCCAGAAGGCUCUGAGGAUGGUGGAUGAGAACUGUGUCGGAUUUGACCACACCAUCAAGCCAGUGUCUGACCAGGAGCUGCAGAUGCCUACGGACAAGCGGAUCUUUGUUCUUGCCGCUGCCUUCAGAGCCGGCUACACGGUAGACAAGCUGUACCAGCUGACCAAAAUCGACCGCUGGUUCCUGCACAAGAUGAAGAACAUCGCCGACCAUGAGCGGAUGCUGGAGAUGUACAACCAGGAUGAGAGCAGCAUGCCGAUAGAGGUGAUGCGGAAGGCCAAGCAGCUGGGCUUUUCGGACAAGCAGAUUGCUCUUGCCGUACAAAGCACCGAGCUGGCAGUGAGAAAACUGCGUCACGAUUGGUCCAUCUUGCCAGUAGUCAAGCAGAUUGACACUGUGGCCGCCGAGUGGCCGGCCUUUACAAACUAUCUGUACCUAACCUACAACGGCACUGAGAACGACCUCGACUUUGAAGAGCAGCAUGUCAUCGUGAUUGGCUCGGGUGUGUACCGCAUCGGUAGCAGCGUGGAAUUCGACUGGUGUGCCGUGGGCUGCAUCACGGAGCUCAGGAAGAUGGGCUACAAGACCAUCAUGGUGAACUACAACCCUGAGACCGUCAGCACUGACUACGACAUGUGUGACCGCCUAUACUUUGACGAGAUCUCCUUCGAGGUGGUGAUGGAUAUUUAUGAGAUGGAGAACCCUGAAGGUAUUAUCCUGUCCAUGGGAGGCCAGCUGCCCAACAACAUCGCCAUGUCAUUGCACCGCCAGCAGUGCCGCAUUCUGGGAACGUCGCCUGAGUUUAUUGACUGUGCCGAGAACAGGUUCAAAUUCUCCAGAAUGCUAGACACCAUCGGCAUCAGCCAGCCUCAGUGGAAGGAAUUGUCUGACACCAAGUCGGCUGUGGGGUUUUGUGAGACAGUGGGUUACCCCUGCUUGGUUCGUCCAUCCUACGUGCUGAGCGGCGCCGCUAUGAACGUGGCAUACAGCGACUGUGACCUGGAGAAGUACUUGAGCAGCGCUGUGGCCGUGUCCAAGGAGCACCCUGUUGUCAUCUCCAAGUUCAUACAGGAAGCUAAGGAGAUAGACGUGGAUGCUGUAGCGUGUGACGGCGUUGUGAUGGCCAUCGCCGUGUCUGAACACGUGGAGAAUGCCGGUGUACACUCUGGUGAUGCAACGCUAGUGACUCCUCCUCAAGACCUCAACCAGAAGACCAUGGAGACGAUCAAAAUAAUUGUCCAUGCCAUCGGUCAGGAGCUGCAGGUCACGGGACCCUUCAACCUGCAGCUUAUUGCAAAGGACGACCAGCUGAAGGUGAUCGAGUGCAACGUCCGCGUUUCCCGCUCCUUCCCUUUUGUAUCCAAGACAUUAGGCGUGGACCUUGUUGCCCUGGCGACGGCAGUCAUCAUGGGCGAUGAGGUGGAGCCUGUGGGCCUCAUAAGCGGAAAGGGGAUUGUGGGCGUCAAGGUUCCUCAGUUUUCCUUUUCGCGCCUGGCGGGGGCCGACGUGGUGCUCAGUGUGGAGAUGACCAGCACUGGUGAAGUGGCCUGCUUUGGUGAAAAUCGUUACGAAGCUUACCUCAAAGCCAUGCUUUCCACUGGCUUCAAGAUUCCCAAGAAGAACAUUCUGCUCUCCAUCGGUAGCUAUAAGAACAAGAGCGAGCUGCUUCCCACCGUUCAGGCUCUGGAGUCGCUUGGUUACGACCUAUACGCUAGUCUAGGCACCGCCGAUUUCUACACGGAACAUGGAGUCAAGGUGACAGCUGUGGACUGGCCUUUUGAGGAGGAGGAGAGCAAUUGUCCCCCCAAGGAGAAACAGCGCAGUAUAAUGAAUUAUCUGGAGGAGAAUCACUUUGACCUGGUGAUCAACCUCUCUAUGAGGAACGGCGGAGGUCGCAGGCUAUCGUCCUUCAUCACCAAAGGCUACAGGACGAGGCGCAUGGCCAUCGACUACGCGGUGCCGCUCAUCAUAGACAUUAAGUGCACCAAACUCUUUGUUCAGGCUCUUCAUCAAAUUGGUAGAAGUCCACCGGUGAAGACUCAUAUCGACAGCAUGACGUCCCAGACGUUGGUCCGUCUGCCUGGUCUCAUUGACGUCCACGUCCAUUUGCGUGAACCUGGUGCCACCUACAAGGAGGACUUCUCCUCUGGUACAGCUGCGGCCCUGUCAGGGGGCGUGACCAUGGUGUGUGCCAUGCCCAACACCUCCCCCGCUAUCACAGACGCCACCACUCUGGCCCUCGUGCAAAAGCUAGCUAAAGCCGGCUGCCGCUGUGACUAUGCGCUGUACUUGGGCGCCGCCUCGGACAACGCGUCCACCUUACCAUCGAUCGCCAGCCAGGCCGUUGGCCUAAAGAUGUACCUAAAUGACACCUACUCAACACUCAAGAUGGACAACGUCUCCCUGUGGAUGGAGCACUUUGAGAAGUGGCCCAAGCCUCUGCCCAUCAUGGCGCAUGCUGAGAAACAGACAGUGGCCGCCAUCCUGAUGGUUGCACAGCUCUACCAGCGGCCGGUUCACAUCUGCCACGUGGCCAAGAAGGAGGAGAUCACUAUCAUUCGGGCCGCCAAACAGAAGGGCAUCCAGGUGACAUGUGAGGUGGCGCCCCAUCACCUCUUUUUGUGUGAGGACAAUAUAAUAGAAAUUGGCGAAGGGCGAGCGCAGGUGCGACCCAUGCUGGGCACCCGGGAGGACAUGGAGGCGCUGUGGGAGAACCUAGACAUCAUUGACUGCUUCGCCACUGACCACGCUCCUCACUCUGUGGAGGAGAAGACCAGUGACAAUCCGCCUCCAGGUUACCCUGGCCUGGAAACCAUGCUGCCGCUGCUGCUGACCGCUGUCAGUGACGGACGGCUGACUUUGGACGACAUUGUGCGGCGUCUUCAUGAUAACCCGCGUAGAAUCUUCAACCUCCCUGUGCAAGACAACACCUAUGUGGAGGUGGACCUGGAGCAGGAGUGGGUUAUUCCACAGACCAUGCAGUUCACAAAAUCCAAGUGGACGCCUUUCAGCGGCAUGAAGGUGAAGGGCAAAGUUCGGCGUGUGGUCUUACGAGGAGAGGUGGCCUACAUCGAUGGAGAGGUCUUGGUGCCGCCAGGUUAUGGUGAAGACGUGAAGACCUGGCCGACGUCUUCUAACCUUUCUCCUGAAAGCCCCAUUACACCUGAGCAUCCUCGCCCGACUCCUCCCCGCGAGGGCCUAGUGCGAACCCGAGUCCCCAGUCCUCGUCGCUCAGCAGGAGAGGGUCGCUACAUGCAGCCCCCUCGUACCCACCGCUCCUCUGACCCAGGGCUUCCGCCAGAGAUGGUCAUGCUGCCGCCCACGGGGGCUGCUGAUGGCUACUGCCACCCCCCUCCCCUGUUCAGGCUGCUGUCCCCUCAGGCCGGGCCAGGACAGAUCCCUGCUGGCCAGCUGUCUCACUACCAGAUGUCUCCUCUGCUGCACCCUUUAGUAGGCCAGCAUAUCCUGUCCGUCAGACAGUUCAGCAAAGAGCAGAUGUCUCAUCUCUUCAACAUUGCACACACGCUCCGCAUGAUGGUUCAAAAAGAACGCAGCCUUGACAUACUGAAGGGUAAAGUGAUGGCGUCCAUGUUCUACGAGGUCAGCACCCGCACGAGCAGCUCCUUUGCGGCGGCCAUGCAGCGCCUGGGCGGCUCCGUUGUCCACUUCUCUGAGUCCACCUCGUCUUCAAAGAAGGGAGAAUCUCUGACUGAUUCAGUCCAAACCAUGAGCUGCUACGCCGACGUGCUGGUUGUUCGCCACCCGAUGCCUGGCGCUGUGGAGAGCGCAUCACGCCAUUGUCGUAAGCCGGUGAUCAACGCUGGGGACGGUGUGGGGGAGCAUCCCACCCAGGCUCUUCUGGAUGUUUUUACCAUCCGAGAGGAGUUGGGGACGGUCAACGGCAUGACGAUAACCAUGGUUGGCGACCUGAAACACGGCCGCACCGUUCAUUCGCUGGCCAAGCUGCUCACUCAGUACCGUAUCACCCUGCGCUACGUGGCUCCCAAGAACCUGCACAUGCCCGCAGACAUCAUAAACUAUGUGGCCUCUAAGGGCAUCAAACAGGAGGAGUUUGAGAGUAUUGAGGAAGCGCUGCCUGAUACCGACGUCAUCUACAUGACCAGGAUCCAGAAGGAGAGGUUUUCAUCUGAAGAGGAGUACAAGGCCUGCUUCGGCCAGUUCAUCCUAACCCCUCACAUCAUGACUGGAGCCAAGAAAAAGAUGGUCGUCAUGCACCCGCUACCCCGAGUAAAUGAAAUCAGUGCCGAGGUGGACACGGACCCGAGGGCGGCCUAUUUUCGUCAGGCAGAGAACGGCAUGUACAUCCGAAUGGCUCUAUUGGCCACCAUACUCGGAAGAUAAGCAAGCACCUGCUGUUGGUUACAGGAAGACCUUGGUAACGGACUCGGCCAAUCAGUGACAUGCGGACUGGCAAAUGAGAGGAGAGGAGGGGCGGAAGAAGGAAAAAGAGACGAGAGAUGGCGGCACCUGGAGAGCUCCGAGAUUGACGAAGUUUGGCUGACGGAGAUUUGCGGUAGGAGUAACGAUAAAUAACAGUUUAGCUCUUAGUUACCGCGUGUGUGACAGGGUAAUCUGGGCUACGGAACUGUUAAGGGUUGUCAGUGGCGUGUGGAAGAGCGGAAGACUCCAUGCUAACCACGUUGAAGACUCGUCCGCCAUUAUACCAGCAACAAGUAUAAGUCGUGUAGUGCGAGGCACACGUCCUCGUUAGGUAGGGAAAAGUGUUUUUUUAUGCAAGUGUAUUGUUAGCCGUCGUCAACGUGGGAGUCUCGUCACGUCAGAGGGACGACAUCCAGCCUGUUGACUCCUGCAGUACAGACGUGUUUGUGGCUCACCCCCGCUCUCCUCCUCAUCCUCUCAUGCCAGUGAUAAACGGUGCGGUUGGUGAGUAAAAAGACUUCCCCUGCCACAUAACUCCACCAUUUGGACCGGACAUUGCGCCCAUGUUGGACGGGGGUUUUUUGGGGUUUUUAACGAUCGUCACAAACGGAACGUUACCGUCGGAUGACCCAACCCAAAAGGAACUUUGAACUGAAUGUGAACAAGGAGAGAACAUUGUAUAAUGUGAAAACUGUGAGACUUUUUUCGAGUUUGCUAUUAAUAGCAAGGGUACUGUGUGUGCAUUGUGUUCACAAACAUACGACUGUUAUUUGCAUAUGUGGGAUUUUUGCUGGGGUUUUGUGUGUUAUUGUGCCACUCUAGUGAAGUGAAGGUGAACACAACGUGUUGGGUUUCUUAUAGGGGUUACAGAUUAUUAUAGAAAUCAAUCCUAUAAGUCUAUAUCUUGUUAUUAUAUAUUUUUCUACUUUUCUGCCUUACUUAGUAUUAGAGUACUAAUACUAGUUUAAUAAAUAAUAACCUUUUCCAACUUUCAUGAUACUGAUUUUAUUGUGAAGUUUUUCCUUUCCCUGAAGUAGGAGCGUCUCGUCCUCUGUUCUGGAGCAUAAUAGUUAGGGGGAAUACAGUAAGUCCCACACACUGACACUUACAUACUUAUUCUGUACUUUAGGUUCUCAUCGUGACAGGUUCAAAUCCUAGAGCCUAAGCUAUUGUGUUCUGACUGGACAGGCAGAGUGAACACGAGAUUCAUAGGCUUGGGGGUUAGGGAUUUAGCUCCUCUAACUUCCUGCCAUUCAGGUAAGAGUGAUUUACCCCUACUAGACAGACGUAGGUCCAGUCUGUUACAUAUAGAGGCAGAAAAUAAGUAUAAGAAAUAUAAAAACUAGCCAAUUGGUAUACUACAAACAUCUAAGAGGGAAUACUACAGUCAAUUAUUAAACAAGAACAGAAACAACAUGAGAGCAACAUGUUAAAUAGCAUAAUUAAAAAUGGUGCUAAGAAAGAUUACCCCCAUUACUUUAUAGAUGGAAAUACAAAAAAUUACAAUAUGAACCAAAUAGUUGAAAUUUUUAAUGAUUACUUUAAUAUCGGAAAAAAUCUGGAACAAAGAAUUCCAAAUGCAGAUGAUGGGUCAGUUGAGAAAUUGAGUGAGCUCAUAGACAGAAAUCCCAAUUCCAUGUUUCUUAAGAAGAUGACAAAAUAAGAAGUAAUCAAAAUUGUAAAAAAUUGUAAAUCUAAGACCUCAACCGACUGUCAUGGUAACGAUAAAAAAGGUUAUAGAAGACAUUUCAGAACCUCUUACAUAUAUCAGUAAUGUAUCAUUUCUAACCCGCAAAUUCCCUGACAAAAUGAAAAUUGCAAAAGUUGUACCAAUUCAUAAGAAUGGAAACAUACACUAGUUCACUAAGUACAGACCAGUUUCAUUACUUCCACAGUUGUCCAAAAUCAUGGAAAAACUAUUCAAUAGCCAAUUAGAUAAAUGUAUCAACAAAAGUGGGACGCUCGUGGAGAACAAAUUUGGAUUUAGAGCAAAUAUCUCAACAUCAAUAGUAUUAAUCAAAAUAAUAAAGGAAAUUACCAAUGCAAUAUAAGGUAAAGAAUGUGCAGCCGCAGAAUUCAUGGAUUUAACAAAAGCAUUUGACACAAUGAUGAUAUUUUAAUACAAAAACUAGAACGAUGUGGCAUCAGAGGUUUUGUAUUGAACUGGGUAAGAAGCUAUUUAACCAACAGGAAGCAAUAUGUGAAGAUGGGUGAAAAUAUGUCAAUACGGUUGGAUAUACAGUCUCUUGUGGUGUACCCCAGGGAUCAAUACUGGGACCAAGAUUGUUUUUAAUCUUUAUAUAAAUGACAUUUGUAAAGUUACUAAGGACUUGAAGUUAGUUUUAUUUGCAAUUUCUGUUCAGGAGAGAAAACACAGAAGAUAAUACAAAUAAUAAUGGAAGAAAUGAACAAAUUAAAAAAAUGGUUUGAUAAAAACAGACUCUUUGAAUCUCAGUAAAACUAAAAUAAUGCUAUUUGGUAACAGUAGAAAAGAGCAUCAGACACAAAUACAAAUAGACAGAGAAGAUAUUGAAAGGGUAAAAGAAACCAGAUUUUUGGGAGUAUUAAUAGAUGAUAAAAUGAACUGGAAAUCUCAUAUUCAAAACAUACAACAUAAGGUGGCAAAAAACAUUUCAAUAAUGAUUAAAGCAAAAUACGUCCUGGGCCAAAAAUCCCUUUAUAUUCUCAACUGCUCGCUAGUGUUACCAUAUCUGAGUUAUCGUGCAGAAAUAUGGGAAAAUAAUUACAAAUGUGUGCUACAUUCGUUAACUGUGUUACAAAAAAGAUCAAUUAGAUGUUGGAUAUAGAGAACAUACCUUUAUUUAUUGAGUCAAAAAUAAUAAAGCUCUAUGAUUUGAUAAAAUUGCAAAAAGCUAAAAUGAUGUACAAAGCAAAUUACUACCAAAGAAUGUACAAUAAUUCUUCUCAACUAAAGAGGAGAAAUAUAACCUUAGAGGAAAUAAUAGUUUAAAACAUUUGUAUGCACGUACAACACUUAAAACCUUUAGCAUAUCAGUAUUUGGAAUUAAAUUAUGGAAUGGAAUAAGUAAAGAAAUCAAACAUUGUACUGAUAUGAUCCAGUUUAAGAGGCUGUUCAAAUUAAUAGUGCUUACAAAGUACAAAGAAGAAUAAUUAUGAGAAACACUUUCAACCUUAUUGAAAAUAAGAUAUUCUUCAUCUCUGUAUGUUAAUAAUGACUGAAUUAAUUAGUUACAUGUUGUAUUACUGCUGUAUUACUAAUUCACGGAUGUCAUUUUACUAUUUUGCUGCAAAAAGAGUCAGUAAAUGAAUGUAUAUAUUUGUGGACGCUCUGACGUGGGGAAGGAGUAGGAUUAAAUAAGCUUUGCUUCUUCCUACUCCUUUUCGGACAUGAUGUGAUGUGGUUAUAUGAAUUGUCUGAUGUAUUGUAUUGUAAAUGUGCUCAUGUUCGAAAUAAACUAAGAAAGAAAGAAAGGAAUAGAGAUUACAAUUUUCAUCAUUGUUCUGCCAUCGUCAAGCCGCUCCACAAAUGUAAUACAGAACAAGAAAGUAAACUUAAGUUCUUAACAAGACAUAACAAUACAUUUUCUGUUGUCGCAUGGACGCCUACCUCUCCCGUUAUUGUGGACAAAGGGAAGUAGGAAGGCGUGUCCAACGCAUAUAAAGAGACAGGUGUCACAACAAUUAUUGCAGUAGUAGAGACAAUGAGACGAUGGUAACGUAACUUACACAUAUUGUGUAAUUAUAAAAAUUGUAUUACAUUAUAAGAUACUUUAUUUACAUUACAUAAUUGACCCUGUUACACCUAGCCACUUCUUGCACAGUUACAUUGGCUCUCGUGGCGCACAUCGUUACUGCUCAUCUCAAAAGAUGGGAUCGAAACCUGCUCGAAGUAGAGUUCGGAGGAUUUAAAAGUUUGUUUUUAUGAUGUUAAAAUUAUUUUGCACAAAAAAAAAAACAAAUUAUCACAUGAAUUUGUUUUAGAACAGGGGUGUCAAACAUACGGCCCGCGGACUGGAUCAAGCUUGCAAACAGGUUUUAUCCGAUCCGCGGGAUGAGUUUGCUAAGUAUAAAAAUUAACCGAAAUGUUUGAAUGAAAAACUGCUGUUCUAAAUGUGUCCACUGGAUGUCGCAAUAGCAAUUUUUUGUAUGUUUGCAGAUGAUGCUACAUAUGUACACAAAUAAACCACAUGUUAGUGCACCAGUCGAGGAAAAUGAGCAAACUACGUAAAUACCGUGCUGUAAUUUGAUUUUGAUAUUAUUUUUUUAUCUUGAUGGAUUGAAAAUGAACACCAAUGAGUUGACAGAUGAACAUUAUCACAAAAUUGAUUUAGAAAGUAUAAAUAAUGACAAAGGUGGAAUACAAUAACCAACAACAUUAUGAUUUGCACAUUUUCAGAAUGUGCUUGUUCUAUAUUUAAACAAAGAAAAAAAUCUGAAGUUGUCUUUAUUUUUAAGUUAUCGUGCAGUGAUUUUACAGUCCGGCCCACUUGGGAGUAUAAUUUUCUCCUUGUGGCCCCUGAUUUGACAUCCCUGUUUCAGAACAAAACAUCAGUUUGAAAAGUAUAAAAGUUGUUUCACAUACAUAAAAUGUUGGUAAAAAAUACUUGUUUGAGGACAAAUAAAAAGUGUCCCAAAAUAGCCUGGGCAGCCCUAACACAUGACACUGAUACAUUUUAUUAACUAAAUAUGCCAUCAAUAUAAAGCAGGGUCAAUCUAUGCUAAGAAAUUAGGGGUGUGUGGAAAAAUCUAUGUGAAUUUGAAUUGUGAUUCUCACGCUGUGCGAUUCAGAAUCGAUUUUCUUUUUUUUUUUAAUUGUUUUUGUUUUUAUUAUCAAUCCAACAAAACAAUACACAGCAAUACCAUAACAAUGCAAUCCAAUUCCAAAACCAAACCUGACCCAGCAACACUCAGAACUGCAAUAAACAGAGCAAUUGAGAAGAGACACAAACAUGACACAGAACAAACCAAAAGUAGUGAAACAAAAAUUAAUAUUAUCAACAACAGUAUCAAUAUUAGUUAUAAUUUCAGAUCAGCAGUGAUUAAAAAUCCAUCAUUGACAUUAUCAUUAUACAUUUUUAAAAAUAAAAACAAUACUGCAACAGUUGCUUAUGUAACAGAGGUAAUUUAUGAUCUCAAUUGCUUACUGUCUUACUACUGUUUUUGUUUUAAUGUCAUUUUAUCUAAUUUAUUACAUUCAGACAUUAUGUAAUGUAACUCUUUAUUUCGCAAUUUUUAUUAUUCUAAGUUCAGUGCUGUCAUUUCCUACAUUUUUAUGGUCAUUGAACGUCACAUGUCACAGCAGACUUCCAGGCUGAGACACAUGUGUGACGUCAGUCUGUUGUCUUCCACGUGACGGUAAGUUGCGCUCUCUGAAUUAGCUUUCAGCUAACUCAUUAGCAGGCUAGCUGUAAGCCUAAAAGAGAAGUAUUUAUGUUAAGUUUUGUUUUGUUUUAUUUCUGUACAGAUUUAUGAAUGUUAAGAAGGCUGAUUGGAGACUCACUAUGAUUGUUUUCACCAGGUACUGUGUAUUAUUUUGUCGUGUGUUAAUGUGUUAGUCAGUCUGUUGUCUUCCACAUGACGAUUUAUGAAUGUUAAGAAGGCUGAUUGGAGACUCACUAUGAUUGUUUUCACCAGAAUAAACCAUGUUUGAGUCGGAAGAA